AUGAGCGAACUCUUUAAGCUCACCAAAGCCUCGCUCCUCACCAGUGCGACUGGCGCUACCGAUGCAACGUCCCAAAAGCUAUACCAGGGACUCAACGACUUCUUGGAACGCACAACACCAGGCUUCAAAUUCUUCACAACGUGGCUCAAACUCGACAUCACCACAAUAAUCCUUCUGAUAACACUAGGAGGAGAAUUGCCAAGGGCGUUGACGGGCAUUCAGAAGCUGGGCACUCAGAUCUACUGGUGGAUUACUCGAUUCUUCACCGCCUCCAUCUCCAUCGGCAGUAACGACAAACUCAACAGAGAGGUUCUCAACUGGCUAGGAGCCCAUGUUCUGACCCGGCAGGGUACUCGUAUCUUGACAGCUCGCACCGAGGUGAUCCAGAACGAGGCAUGGUACUAUCGGAAGCCGAUUGAGCGAGACGACCUCCAUCAUGAGAAGAGGAUUCCUGUGCAGUAUCUACCAACCUUCGGCACCACCUGGUUCAUGUAUGAGGGAGGGUUCUUCAUGGUCCGAAGAGUGUCUAACAUACGCGCCGGCUCUGCGUACACCGGCGUUCCCGACGAAUACUCUGCCGCCCCGGAGGGCGAUGAGCCGCUCGUCGUGAUGCGGUUGGGGCGAUCCAUCCAACCUGUCAAAAACUUUCUCAACAAUUGUCGACUCUUUGCGGACAAGCAGCGCGAGGCCUUCAUCACGGUGAGAGCAACAAAGAGCCAGUACAAUCAAGAGACCUGGGACACCACUAUCCUCAGACCGAUACGUCCACUAGAGACCGUGCACUUUGAUGAGAAGACGAAGAGAGAACUUGUCGAUGACAUCGAGACGUAUCUCGAUCAGAAAACCAGGAAGUUUUACACGGAAAGAGGGAUUCCGUACCGGAGAGGUUACCUCUUCUACGGACCUCCCGGUACCGGCAAGACGUCUCUUUCUCUUGCACUAGCAAGCUACUUCAACCUUGAGCUCUACCUACUACAUAUUCCCAGCAUUAGAGAGGACAACGACUUGGAGGACCUCUUCACAGCGCUACCGCCGAAAUGCAUUGUCUUGCUCGAGGAUAUCGAUGCGAUUGGAAUCCAGCAUCGCAAGAAGUUUGAUGCGGACGAUUCGUCGUCAGACGACAGCGACAGCAGUGAUAGCAGCGCAAGAUCAUUUGGACGUUGUCGCUGCACUUUGUCGGGUCUUUUGAACGUCUUGGAUGGGGUCGCGUCCCAAGAAGGCCGCAUCGUUUUGAUGACGUCAAAUGUGGCUCAUAAGCUUGAUAGAGCCCUCGUAAGACCAGGCCGUAUCGACAGAAUGAUCUAUCUAGGUAACAUAUCCAAGGGAAGUGCAAGGGGCAUGUUUGAGCGCAUGUAUCGACCACAUUUGCUACCAGAGACUCUCCUCACGGACAAAGAUGGUGAGGCUCUUAAGGCGCAAACUUCGACAUUCGACGAUUUGGCAGAAGGAUUUAGUUCUCAAGUCCCAGACGACAUAUUCACCCCGGCUCAAUUACAGGGGUUCUUGCUCAAUCAUCGCAAUGCACCAGAAGAGGCCGUCAAGAGCAUUGCUGGGUGGGUUGUAGAAGAAAAGGCCACGAUGGAUGAAGCACAGCGACGGAAAAAAGCGGCAAGUGAGCGUAAAGCGAGAAAGAAAAAGGCCCUCAAGAUGAAGGCGCUCAAGGCACUCGCUUCGGACUCUGAUGUUGAGGAAGCCAGUGAGAAAGCUGACGAAACGGAGAUGAAGAAGGCCAAAGGGGCCGUGGAAAAGAACACCAAAGGCGCUGGCGACCAACCUCAGAGUCCUCCGGUCGGCACGGAAGAAGCAGAGAAGGUACCUGAGGAGGCAGAGUCGCCAGUUGAAGGCAAAGCGCCAGUUGAAUAA